AUGGCGGCGGAGUUGCUGGGGAGCCAGGAGCGGCUUUUGCAUUGUGUUGACCGGGCCGGCCCCCGGCUGACCGAUGCGGCGCCUGGCCAGUACCCGGUCUAUGCCGGCUUCCGCCCUGCACUGCCCUUCCCCCCAGGGGCGCAGCAACAGCAGCAACAGCAGCAGCCUUGCGCCGCCAAUGGCUUUGGGCUGCUGCCGCAGCAGGCCUGGGCGGGGGCGCCUCAGCACACCAUUCAAGGUGCCUACAGCUCAGCGCCGGCAGCCACAGCGGGCCAGGUGAUGCGGCCGGCGGUGGCGCGCCCGCCGCCGCCAUUGCAGCCGUUCUAUGCACAGGCCCAGCAGCAGCAGCAGCAGCAGCAGCAGCAGCAGCAGCAGCAGCAAGGUUACAGCCAGGUGAUGCGUCCCAUGUCGGCUGGCGGCAUCAUGCGGCCUCAGCAGCUGGGCGCGCCUGCGUGGCCGCCGCCCCCCUCGCUCGCGCCGCCGCCGGCGGUGCCAGCAUCGGCGGCCCAGGCAGCGCCGCCGCCGCGGCAGGGCGGUAUCAUGCGGCCGCAGCGCCACCAGCAGCCGCCGCCGCCCGCCGCGGGGCUGGCCGCCGCGCCGCCGCCGCCGCAGCUGCCGCGCCCGUGGGCGCCGCCGCCGCUGCAGGCCGGCCAGCCCGUGCAGCUGUUCAACCCCAACACGGGAGCACCCAUCCCGCAGCUGCCCUCAGCAGCAGGAGCAGCGCCGCCUGCCGCCCCACCACCGCUCAUCAUGCGUAACCCCAACACAGGGGCCCUCAUCUAUCCUCCAGGCCACGGCAUGCUGCUGAUGCAGCACAACACGCAGGCCGCGGCGGCAGCACAGGCCGCGGCACAACCACCGCAGCAGCAGCAGCAGCAGCAGCAGUACGUGCAGCAGUACGCCCAGCCGCCGGCGGCAGCGCCCUCCGGCCUGAUGGCCCGCCCGCCGGCAUACGCCGCCGGCCGCCCGGGGCCGGGCAGGCCUCCUGCGGCUGCGGCCGGCGGCGGCCGCGCGGGCGGCCCUGGCGCUGGAGGCCGCGGCCGCACGCUGCUGGUGCCGCCUGCCAAGCGGCAGCGCAAGAGGGACGCGGCGCCGCCGCCGCCUGAGAGGCUGACGGCUGAUCCGGUGGCGCGGCCGCCACAGUCGGCGGGGGAGGCGGCGGAGGUGGAGCAGUGGAUCAAGGAGCGCAAGCGCUCCUUCCCCACCUCUGAGGCGGUGGCUCGCAAGGAGGCGGAGGCCGAGGCGCGGCGCCAGCGGGGAGAGCUGGAUGCAGCCAGGACGCUGCGGCAGCAGCGUCUGGCCGCCAUCCUGGCCCAGCAGAGUGCCAUGGGGCUCAGCAGGGCGGCGGGGACGCUCGACAUGCUGCUCGACAUGCGGCGGCGGGGCGGCGGCAGGGGGCGAGGUGGGGGCCCGGCGGCGGGGCGGCAGGACCACAGCUACCUUCUUCAGGCCUUCCGCUUCUUCUGCCGCAACAACUUCCUGUUGGGAUGGGCUGCCGGCACGCCCCUGGAGCUGCCCGCGCCCCCCGCCUACCCGCCGCCGCGGCCGGCGCAGUGGGGCCGCACGGCCGGCGAGGGCGAGGGCGAGGGGGCGGAGGGGGAGGCUGCGGCGCUCUUGUCGGGAGCGCUGGGCGGGGAGGUUGAUGUGGAUGCCCUGCUGGCGUCGGUGGCGGGCGAUGCGAUUGAUGUGGAGCUUUCGGAGGAGGAGGAAGAGGAGGAGGAGGGGCUGCUGGUGGGGCCGGAUGCUGCUGUCGCCGAGGAGGAGGAGGAAGCAGAGGAGGAGGAGGAGGAGGAGGAGGAGCAGGAGGAGGAGCAGCAGCAGCAGGCAGAGUACAGCAGCGGCAGCGACGAGGAGGAGGCGGCGGCCAACGGGGACGAGGGGUGUAGUGAGGCGGAGGAAGGGCAGCUGCUGCUGCCCGGCGCGACUGCUGGCGCCGACGGCGGCCUGCUGGCGGGCGGCGCUGCGGCGGAUGAGAUGGCGGUGAGCGGCGGUGGCGCAGCAGACGGUGCAGCCGAUGAUUCUCAAGGCCCAGAAGAUUACAUCGAGUUUUCUUGA